ACACCACUUAAUGAAGAAAUGCAAAGGCUUAACCAUCUGGCACUUUCAUGAUCUUGAUGAUUAGUAACUUGAAGAGUCACAAAACUGAAAUUCACCAUUAAAUAAUAUGGAAGAAAGUGAUGAACAUGAUCAGCCUAUCUCAUCAGGGAGGCAAGAAAUUCGAAAGAGAAGACAGCCUAGCCAACCGAUGGUCGACAAGUCCCAACAGACUGAAAUGACAGAGAAAAAGAAAUACACAGCCACACCGCAAUCAUCUGGUCCCAAAGCUACCCAUAGGAUUGGUAGUAUUCCCGGAAAUAAAGUAAACUAUUCUGCCAAAGAAUAUGAGUCCUGUAGAGUAUCUUCUCAACUUCAGCAAACUUGGACAAAAAGAAAACGUGGGCAGGAAAUGAUGGAUAAAUAUCUUCAGACAGAUGCCAUUGUAGAAGAGAACAAAGAAGUGAAAUCUGUUGGUGAAACAGGGGUUCCUGAAGAAAAGCCAGCUAAUGUUGGAGAAACAGCCCCUGAGUUGCUAGAAAGAGCUCGUGAAAUUGAAAUGUCACCACGAAAACAAUCAGUUCAACUAAAAAUAGACAGAUCGCAGCAGACAAGUUGUACUGGGGACUGGACCACGAUGAACACUCCGCAAAUAGAAAUGGUGGACAAGGAACAGCAGACAUACUUUAGUGAAUCAGACAUGGUAUUUGGUUACAAGUCUGGUGGUUCUUUUACAAAGUCAAAGGAAGGUGCCCAGAAACGUAAGUCCUCAGGGAAGAUUUUUGGUAGUGACCAUCCUGAAUUUCAAGCAGGAACAAGUAGCAAAGAGGAAAUCAUGCAGAAAACUUUCCGCAAAGCUUCAAUUAGUGAACAAACUCCAGUAUUCAUUUCAGAACAUGAACCUAGGAGUGAGGCUCUGCUAACUGUUUUAGAAAAUGGUCCUUUUGUUAAGGAAGAGGAAUCUGUUGAAACAAAUCUUCCCUCAGAUAUCAAAGUCUUGGCUGAAGUACAGCCCUUGGAUGCAGAAGAAACCCCUGCUGAAGCCCCGUCACCAACAACUGAAGAAACUUCUGUUGAAAUACAGCCCACAGCUAUUGAGGAAGUCCCUGUUGAAGUACCGUCUCAAGUAGCUGAAAAGACUCCUACAGACGAGGCCCCAGCCGAACCUCCUUCACCAUCAGCUGAUGAAGCCACUGUAGAAAUACAACCUCCACUGGCUGAAGUGGUGACUUCAGAAGCGGCUGCUGUGAAACUAGAACCCGUCCCUGUGAAAGAGACCUCUGUUGAACCCCAGACUUCACCAGUCGAGGAAGUUAAGGCAGAUGAAACUCCUGCUAAAGUACGAUCUUCCACAGCUGAAGGAAGUCUUGAUGAAGAGAUUACCCUUACUGAAGAGGCCCCUAUGGAAGAACUGUCUCCACCACGUAAGGAUGCUUCUGAAGCAGAGGCUGCUGCUCCAGAACAGCCUAUCUCUGCCGAAGAGACUCUUGUUGAACAUCAGCUUUUACACAGUGAAGAGGCCCCUGGUGAGGAACAGUCUCCUGAAGAGUCAACUGAAGAGGCCCCCGAAGAAGAGGCAUCUUCUAAAGUUCAGGCUCCAGCAGACAAAAGGACUCCUUCAGAAGAGACUGCUGCUGAGCUUCACCCUCUACUAGAUGAAGGAUCUCCUACAGAAGAGACCCCUGCUGAAGCUCAAUCUCCACCACCUGAGGCUCAAAUAGAUGAACCCCCUGCUGAAAUUCAAUCUCCACUAGCAGAGGAGGCGCCAGCACAAGAACUCCCUGCUGAAGUUCAAUCUCCACCACCUGAGGUCCAUAAAGAACUUCCUGCUGAAGUUCAAACUCCAUUAUCUGAGGUCCAUAUAGAAGAACGCCUUGCUGAAAUUCAAUUUCCACUAGUGGAGGAAGCCCCCACACAAGAACUCCAUGCUGAAGUUCAAUCUCCACCACCUGAGGCUCAUAUAGAAGAACUCCCUGCUGAAGUUCAAUCUCCACUAGCUGAGGUUCAUGUAGAAGAACUCCCUGCUGAAGUUCAAUCUCCACUAGCUGAGGUCCAUGUAGAAGAACCCCUCGCUGAAACUCAAUCUCCACUAGCAGAGGAGGCUCUCGCACAAGAAUUCCCUGCUGAAGUUCCAUCUCCACCAUCUGAAGUCCCUAUAGAUGAACCCCCUGCUGAAAUUCAAUCUCCACUAGAGGAGAAAGCUCCAGCACAAGAACUCCCUGCUGAAGUUCAAUCUCCAUCAUCUGAGGUCCAUAUAGAAGAACUCCCUGCUGAAGUUAAAUCUUCACCAGCUGAAGAGAUCCUUAAAGAAGAUGUCCCUGCUGCAGGUCAGCUACCAUCAACUGAAGAGAUUUUAGCAGCGGAGGCCCCUGAAAAAGUUGAGUUUACCCAGACUGAAGAAGGUCCAGUAGCUGCAGAAACUCCUGCAGAAGAGGCUCCUGCUGAAACCCAGCAUCUACCAGCAGAGGAAGGCCUUGACAAAGAAGUUCCUGAAGAACUCCCUGCUGGAGUUCAGCAUUCAUCAGGUGUGGAGGUGAGUUCGGUUCCUGGUGAGCCUCAGCCUUUACUAGCUAAGGGGGUCCCUGAAGAAGAGGCUCCUGCUGAGCCUCAGUCUCCAUCAGCUGAGGAAGCCCCAAUAAAAGAGGUCCCUUCUGAAGUCCAGCCUCUACCAGCUGAAGAAAUAUUUGCAGAAGAGGCCCCUGCUGAAACUCAACCUCCAUUAGGUGAGGAACCUCCAGUAAAAGAGUCCUCUCAUGAAGUUGAGUUUUUACCUGCUGUAGAAAAUUCUAGAGAAGAGAUCUCUGAUGAAAUACAGCCUCCCUCAGCUCAGGUAGCUGACACUGCCAAAGCCCAGUCUCCACCAGCUGAGAAGGCACCUGAGGAUGAGGCUACUGAACUUCAGUCUCCACCAGCUGAGAAAGCUUCGAUAGAUCAAGUCCCUGCUGAAGUUCUGCUUCUCCCAGCUGAGAAGGCUCCUGAGGAUGAGGCUACUGAACUUCAGGCCAACCUGAGUGAAUGCUCUUCCUCAGAGCAUGCUUGGAGAGGAAACGGGAGACAGAAGAAGGAUGCCUACAGGUUUCCUGAGGAGGAUUUGGCUUUCAUCUGCAUGGUCCUACUAAUGCCUUACUACCGUUUGAACAAGUGCCUCAUGCUUGCUGUCACUCACCAGCCUAGGAUGUAA